CCCGUCUUUCACGCCGUCGACGUAACUUCCCACUGUGGAAGUUUUAGAUAAGUUGUUGGCCAAGAUAAAAAACGGGCGGAAGUGUCAAGUUUGCCAGACUCGGUGAUGACCCUUCAUAUGUCCUUCAAAAUAAGAGCGUUGUUGUUUAUUUAAAUGCACCAAAAGCGACCGAAGUUAAGCUAAUGUUUGUAUGUUUGGUUAAAUAUUUGCAUCAUUGUUUUGUUAGCUGAUUUAAUAUUAUUAUAUUAUAUUUGUUGUAUAUAAACUGUGCAUUUGUGCAUAUAAUAUUGCUUUACCAUGUUUAAAUGUGGCUUUAGCGACACCAUUUCCCUUUGCAGGAUUAAUAAAGUAUCUAAUAUAAUUAGUAGUAUCCUGUCAUACAGUUACAUUGAAAGUGUUGUGUCUCUCCAAGUAUUUCACAUGUCAAAUUUAGCAUUACAAAUUAAACGGCAAAUUAAAUAAUUGUUUAUAAUGCAACGUAUAUACAAGUAUGGCCUAACUUUCAGCCAAAUUUACCCCUAUCACCUAGGCAACUUGCUGUAGGCUGGUGGCUAUAUCUGCUAGCUCUCCUAUUAUAAUUUAACAAUAUUUUGAUGGUUUAAAUCGGGUAAACUUGAGGAAAAAAGUCUCUACAGAUGUCUUUCUCGGCCUAACGUCACUAGGUUCAUGCUUAUAUUAUAUACUUGUAAGUGAGGUUUCAGUCAUUAAUACUGUUAUAUAUAAUCUAUAUAUAAUCUAAGGCAAACAGAGGUUCAUCAUUAUUAUUAUUAAUAUUAUUAUUAGGGAAACUUUGGAGCUGUCAACAAAGGGCAGUUUGUUGGGAUGCUUUUAUUCUGACGGUUACAUUACAUUACUUCCGCUUUCUAUGCGUCACGCACUUGCUAGCUUCACACAAACCAGGUAGCGAGCAGCUACCGACGGGAGGCUGGUGCUCCGGGGGACCGAGCGGAGUUUGACGCCGUUAGCUUUAGCCAGCGUCGCCCGCUAAGGGAGUCAUCCGCUGUCGUCGGUCUGUCAGCAUGCUAACAGGGGCCGCUUGAACCCGCAACACGACACCCGGCAAGCGAGGCUCCCGUCUCCCGACUCUGCAGCGGUCCAGCGGGGCUGAACUUCGCGGAGCCAUGCGGCAGUGGUGCGUCCCCGCCGCGACCCCUCGCGCCGAACCACUCCCGCCGGGGCGCCUGUCCGUGUCACCGCCUCCAUCGGACGCCAGGAUGGAGUUCUGCGAGGCGGAGCCGCGCUACACCCUGGAGCAGAUCGACCUCCUGCAGCGCCUGCGUCUCUCCGGCAUGACCAAACCUCAGAUCCUCCACGCCUUGGAGUCGCUGGAGCGGCUGGACCCGGACCACCGCCCGCCACACGGCGACUCCCAACCCGCCCCGUCCAACAGCAACAACAACAUCAACAACGCCGCCAACAACAACAUCAACAACGCCACGCCCGCCGCCGCCGCCGCUCCGGCCCCGUCCUCCUCUUCCUCCUCGUCCUCGUCGCUGUCCCUCGCCUCCGCCACCACGCAGACCUCGGGCCUGGACGGCGCCGCGCUGUCGCCCAGCAACAGCUACGAGGCCUCGCCGCCGCCCCUCUACCCCCCCAGCGCGGCGGCGCAGCGCUCGUUCAGCUACGACAUGAUGGCCGACGAGGAGUGGGACCUGGAGGAGAAGGUGGCGGAGUACAUGAGGCGGGACAGCAACCUGGUGAAGGAGGAGAUCAAAACGUUCCUCAACAAUCGGAGGAUCUCUCAGGCCAUCGUCGGCCAGGUCACAGGCAUCAGCCAGAGCUACAUCUCCCAGUGGCUGCUGCAGCAGGGCCUGGAGAUGAGCGACUCCAAGCGCCGCGCCUUCUACCGCUGGUACCUGCUGGAGAGGAACAACCCAGGGCUGAGGUGGAGUGAAAGCCAGCACGGCGUGAGCCCCGCGCCCCGGGCCCGGGACGGCGGGCCGGUGGCGGGCGCCAGCGGCUGCCUCCCCAACCCCAACACCAACCUCAACCCCAACCCCAACCCGGUGUGGAGCAGGCAGAGAGAGCUGCUGAUGCACCUGCUGCCGUGGUACGCCGCCGCCGCCGCCCAGGCCCAGCCAGGUGCCACCUUGUCCAUGCGCUCUCUGGUGAAGGAGGAGCCUGAUUGGAGGACGGGCGUCAUGGCGGCCGACAGGGCGGGGCUUGUGGGCGGGCCCCUGAGGCUGCGCAGAGGAAGCCGCUUCACCUGGAGGAAGGAGUGCCAAUCAAUCAUGGAGAGUUUCUUCAUGGAGAACCAGUACCCGGACGAGGCGAAGCGAGAGGAGAUCGCCAACGCCUGUAACUCCGUCAUUCAGAAACCGGGCUGCAAACUGUCCGAGUUUGAGCGCGUGACGGCGCUGAAGGUGUACAACUGGUUCGCCAACCGUCGGAAGGAGAUGAAGAGAAGGGCGAAUAUCGCUGCCAUUUUGGAAAGCCAUGGAAUCGAGGUGCCAAGUCCAAGCUGCCACUCGAAUGGCGAGGAGGGAGAGAUGCCGGAGUUCGCCGACCAGGUGACUCAUCGAUUCUCAGAGCAGGAAGACGCCUCCUCCCACAGGACCGCUGAGCAACAAGACCCCUCCUUGUUGUUGGCGACCACGGAGGCCGCGGCGGCCCCCCCGAGCCCCGCCCCCCCGCCUCAGGGCCUGGAUCGGAAGGAGGAGGCGGAGGAGGAAGAGGAGGAGGAAGAUCCGAAAAGGGAGACGGUGGACGAAGAGUGACCAAAGCUGGUGGAGUUUGGAUCAUAUUUGAAUUUCUCCUCCACCAACACCAACACCACCCAUGUAGAGCCUUUUGGGGCCAAUCGCACCCAAAGGUCAAAGGGAGAAGAAGGGUGCUGAAGCUCGCUGAGGUGCCUCUGGUAGUAAGGAGGCCACUGUAUUUAUCAACAGUAAUCCUGCUUAUAUUAAUGGCAAUAUACAGUAUAUGAAUAUAUAUAAAUAUAUAUCAAUAUAUAGUGCAUUCCAAGAUGGUAUUAAAAACGCCUAAAUUCCUUAGAGGGAGGAUUAUGUAAUGGAUACCUCGCCCAUUUUAAGCUACGCCUUUACUUUGAUUCUUCGCUACAUGCCUUGUGUUAAAAAAAGAAAAAAGUG